CUUCCCAUCCUAUUGAUGUAAGUGAUGCGGGAGUGAUGGACGCAACCACGGAUCCCAACCCGUCAGCAAACGAGGAUGCAGCCUCGGUCACCCGCUCGCCCAGCCAAGCGCAAGAGGGUCGCAUUGGCAUGCGAUAAUUGCCGGGAGAGAAAGAUCAAGUGCGAUGGCACCAAGCCUGUUUGUGGCCCCUGCAAAAAGCGAGGUGAACUUCCCACUCGAUGUGUCUAUACUGUUAUUUCCGGGACGGCGAAGCAGACCAGUACAUCACGUUUCUGCAGAAACAGAUGUUGCCUGGCUCGCUAUUGAGCUUGCCAUUGUCUGGAAGUUCUUUGUUGAGACCAAAGGUCCCAGUCUUGAGGCUAUUGCUGCUGUUUUCGAUGGUUAUCCUGCGGCCGACUCGUCCGAGAUAAUUGAUUUCAAGAAGAAGUCCGAUGAAAACUAAACGGGGUCUGCAUUUUCUUCUCCAGCAUUGUGUGCACAAGCUUCUUUACAUAUAGUAAUUCGGAGACCUUGAGAUAUUCCUUGGAAGUGCUGGCAUUG